GCCUACCCAAGUUUCAGACUACACUACCAGUAAGUACUACAUAUACGCUCACUUGUGGUAACAUGCAUCGAAAUGUCACCAAAGCAUUCACUUCACUUGCCAUGACAUGCACGGGGCCAGCUGCAUCAUGCAUCAUGGCAGUGAUUGGACGGGAAUGAAAGAGGACACUUCCCACUCGACCCUUUUCGACAUGGCACUGCAUUGUACUGUCCACUCCAAGGUAACAGGUCACGUCAUGAAGCUGUUCAAAUGCAGAUCUUGUGCCAAUCACGCGUUGACCUAACAAUCACACAUCCUAUACGUUGAUGCAGCUAUUCGUUGUAAUUGGUUCCACUCUUAACCAUGAGGGCGUGCGGAUGGUUGCCGUGCAAUCAUCUAGACUCAUAUAAACAAAUCAGACUACACCGUUGCACCCAAAGCUUGCUGUAACACAGCGGCAUACACACCCAUGCAAUCGGAGAUUCAGGCCCUAUGGAAAAGUGCUGAUAUUCUUCAAGCAACGAGGCUCUGUCAAUUUCAGUUGACUACACUUCAUAUCUUGAAUGGAUAGCCACUUAUAUGUUUGCUCUUAGUAUCUGCUACGACAGUUGCUUUAUAUGGCCAUGGUCUGCUUUGGUUACCCUAAGUCGAACAUGCUCUGAUCAUUGUUUUUUUAUAAUGUCACAGCGCUGACAUUACAGCGCGAGGUGGAUUUAGUAUGGGGGAAAAAAUGGUCAUAUAUAACAAUUCCUUACAUCGCAGUAAGCACGUUGUUGACUAAUGAUUUAUAUUUCUCACAAGUUGUCGUGAUUGGUGGAAUCGAUAUGUCGGCGAUGCGGUGCUAAUGUAAGGUCUAGUUUUACUUGGUGCCGUUACUCACCUCCUGGUAUCUUCAUCUAGCGAUCUUGCUUCGUGUAUGUUACUAUACUUUUCACACUUCCUCUUCUAAUCGACGAUUCUCAGUUUUUGUUAGCACAUCAAUGUCAGAUACUGCGUAUGUUUCUUUAAUUUGAUGUAGCAAGUUAAAGAACUGAAAAUAUAAAUACUACAAAUGCUUACAUAGUUGUAACGCAGGAACUAGGCUGCAACGGUGGGAGUCGGUUGUCGUACUGUGGGCUAUGCAAGCUACUUUCAUCAUGCGCGUUUAUGCCAUGUUCCAACGGUUGAAGAAAAUUCCUUUGUUCAUGUCUUUUCUCCUUUUUGUUGAAGUUGUCGCUAUAUUGGUAACAGUAGGAAUGGAUUUAAGUCCCGAUGGACCAGCGAAAAGUGUAUCAGAGCCUAUCCUGGGAAUCCAUAUGUGCACCAUCGUAGAUGUUAGUAAAAGUCUGACAUUUAUAUACAUUCCCAUUAUGUGCUUCCAAUGCACCCUCUUCGUUCUGGCUGUUUGGGUUGGUUUUCUGCACGUGCGAGAACAACGUAGGGCCUUGGGAGGAUGGAAGGCUGAUAUGAUGAUGAAGGUUCUCAUCAGGGACAGCACAUUUUUCUUUCUAUUUAUAUUUGUGAUGUGCACAACCGAAGCAGGGGCCUACCUUGGCCUUCCGGCAGUGUACAUGGGGAUAUUGGCUAGUAUUGUUAACUCUUCAGGAGUGGUUCUGAGUACGCGCAUGAUCAUCAACUUCCGGAAAUCGUUCUCCCCUUCUCUUGGAGCUCAGCCUGGGACAGAAGGAGUAACCCUCAGUACCUUCCACGCGACAUUCCAUGCAAGUGCCAGCGAUGUGCAGCUAUCGCAGCAAUUACCCAGCACGAGUUGUCCAGAAGAACAUACCAACGAGAUUGCUAGAAUCGUGGCCCAGGUCAAUACUCGAUAUUAAUGUGUCUGUCGUGACUUGCAGGCAAAACAUAGCGGCUGUCGAGGUGCUCUUUUUCACCUUUUUCCUUGGUCAAACAUUUUCAACUUGUUGUAGCGUUUCUGGCAUGUAUAGAUUCACCCAGUCAUUUAUUUUUCGCCUUCACUUAACUUUUCGAAUCAGCUUGCAUAUCUCCAUUUCCUUUGAAGAUAUGUUUGCGAAUUUUCCUUAGCAACUGAUACUAAGUGUCUUAUAUGAUGCAGACCAAUGCAGUUC